CUAGGCACCGACCGACCGACCGACCGACCGAACUAUAGCCAGCUGCAUCUCGGGAAAGAUACCAUCCUGCCUGCCUAUCCUCGCUCAAAACACCAUACCACAACUCUUCCCCUCCGCAGGAACCCUCUCGGAGCAUCCUCCACCGUCUCCCCCGCCCGCCCGACUCAUACACAUUGGCUCCCUCAAAUCGAUCCAAUACGCUCCCUACCCGCCGGUACUCUGUCUAAAGAUACCUCGCUGAACUCUUGAUUCGAGCUGGUUCGCUCCGGCUUCUGUACUCGCAAGCGUCCCGCCCUCCCGAUCCCCCCCCCUCCGUCGUCUCGGCACGCCGCGCAACCUCCCCCGCCCCCGCCCCCCGAAACAGCAUCACCAUGGUCGCCUCCCCCGAGACCAUCGAGGCCAUGACGCCUCCCGGCUACACUUUCCCCGACCACCGCCUCCGCCUGCAGCAGUCCGAACCCGACCGAGAGCCCCUCGUCCUCGUCGCUCCGGGUUCCUACAGCCCCAUCACCUUCCUCCACCUUCGCAUGGCCGUCAUGGCCGCCGACUACGUCCGCUACAACACAAACUUUGAGCUUAUCGGCUCCUACAUGUCCCCCGUCUCCGACGCCUACAAGAAGCGCGGCCUGGCCCCCGCCUGCCACCGCCGCCGCAUGUGCGAGAUCGCCGCCGAGCAGACCUCGCGCUUCCUCAUGGUCGACCCCUGGGAGGCCGAGCAGACGGCCUACGUGCCCACCGCCGUCGUCCUCGACCACUUCGAGUACGAGAUCAACGUCAAGCGCGGCGGCUGCAACGGCAAACGCGUCAAGAUCGCCGUGCUCGCCGGUGCCGAUCUGAUCAACACCAUGAGCCAGCCCGGCGUCUGGUCGCCCUCUGAUCUGCGCCACAUCCUUGGCGAUUUUGGCGCCUUCGUGCUCGAGAGGGCCGGCGUUAACAUCGACGAGGCCCUCGGCAACCUGAAGGAGUAUGAGGACCAGAUCUACUACAUCCCGCAAGUCGUCCCCAACGACGUGUCAAGCACUAAGAUUCGCUUGCUGUUGAGGAGAAAUAUGAGCAUUGACUACCUCAUCCCUGCCGAAGUCAUCAAGUACAUUGACGAGCACGGUCUUUAUCACGAAGACGACGCCGCAACAAAUGAGAAGGGAAAAGAGAAGGAGGUGCAAUAAGCGUCACAUGCACAGAUCCCACACUCCAAACGGCUUAUAGAAGAGAAAACAAAAAAGAGGAGAGACGGCCAGACCAAGACGAGAGACAGAACGACAGAGAGGCAUCUCAAGAGAAGAGAUUAGGGGAUCAACUGGCGUGGGUAUUAGCGUUUGGGUUUUACGAGACGACACGGCACACAUUGCCUUUUUGU